GCACGGCCUGGUACGAAGUAGCUUGAAAUUACUAACAACACACGAUAGAAAUUGUUUCUUCAACUUGAGAAUCUGAAUACGUGAUGGGCGUUAAAGCGAGCAAAUUGACCAAGCUGAUUGGGAUCGGACUGGUCGGGAAACGGCUUAAACCCGGAGGAGCUGCCGUUAUGACACCGAGAGGCUAUGUUCCUGUUGAUGUUGGAGUAAACCUUAAUGAAUCGAAGCGAUUUAUGGUACACACAACGGCUCUCUACGAUGCUGAAUUUUUAGAGAUGUUGUCACGAUCGGCCGAGGAAUAUGGAUUUCGCAACCAAGGUAUUCUGAGAAUUCCUUACGAGACUAAAACUUUCGAGGAACGUAUGUUUAAUGUUGGUAUUUGUGCUGGUGGGAGUAAUCGAAUUAGUCCGAAAAUCAGGGGACCAGAAUAACGGUCAUUGUACGGUGAGAUAUUAAAGUACAUUAUCUUAGUAUUUUUAGAGUUAGCUAAUGAUUCAAUCCUCUUUAUUCAGCUAGAUCUGCCUUCGACAAGAACUUUGUAAAUUAUAAUUUCGUUCUUUCAAGGGUGUACGUAUUUCCUGCUGAUUUACAUGUUGGUGUAAUAUUUGAAAAUUUUAGAUGUGUUUGUUAUGGAUCAUUUUUCAAAAUUUGAUCAGAUAGUGUUCUAAACUCUAUCGCUUGAGUUAAAGACUUUUUUUGUUUU